AUGUCAAGAGACGCGCCAAUCAAAGCUGAAAAGGACUACACGGAGCUUCUUCAGGAAGAAUUUCCCAAAAUUGAGGCACUUGCUAAUAAUGAUACACAGGCCGCGUUAGACCAUUUACUGGUGUUAGAGAAGAAGACCAGACAAGCUUCUGACUUGGCAUCGUCUAAAAAAGUCUUGGUCAAAAUUGUUGACUUACUGAUUGAAAAGAACAAUUGGGAUGAACUGGAUGAGCAAUUGACGCUGUUGUCUAAGAAGCACGGUCAGCUGAAGCUUUCGAUUCAAACGAUGGUUCAAAGGAUCAUGGAAAAGUUGGAGAAUUUAAAGGAUUUGGACACUAAAAUCAAAGCUAUUGAAACAAUCAGGACUGUCACUGAAAACAAAAUAUUCGUCGAAGUCGAAAGAGCUCGUGUCACAAGGGAGCUAACUCAUAUAAGAAGGUCUCAGGGCAAGAUUGAUGAGGCUGCUGAUUUGUUGUGUAAACUGCAGGUCGAAACUUUUGGAUCCAUGGACAUGUAUGAAAAAAUAGAAUUCAUUCUCGAACAGAUGGAAUUAAGCAUCCUCAAGGGCGAUUUUUCUCAGGCUACUGUUUUAUCUCGCAAAAUUUUGAAGAAAACCUUCAAAAACGAGAAAUAUGAGAAAUUGAAGCUUGAGUAUUAUGACCUCCUCAUCAAGAUAGCUCUUCACAAGAGCGAUUAUUUAGAGGUUGCUCAAUAUUAUCAGGAGAUUUAUUCAACCAACUCCAUUAAACAAGAUGAAACUAAGUGGAAAUCUGCAUUAUCGCAUGUUGUGUUCUUUUUGGUUUUGGCACCCUACGACAAUCUUCAAAAUGACCUCAUCCACAAGAUCCAGCUAGACAACAACUUAAAGAAAUUGGAGAUGCAUGAGUCGCUAGUGAAGCUAUUCACUACACCAGAGCUCAUGAGAUGGCCCAUAGUCAAGGAAACAUACGAGCCUCUUCUAAAAAAGGAUGACGUGGCGUUUGGUAAUAAUGCUAGCCAUUGGGAUGACCUUCGCAAGAGGGUGAUUGAACACAAUCUAAGAGUAGUUUCAAAAUACUAUGCUAGGAUAACCUUGGCUAGAUUGAACGAAUUACUUGACCUUGCAGAAGCGGAAACUGAAGAAUUUAUCAGCAAUUUAGUCAAUCAGGGAGUGAUCUACGCAAAAAUCAAUAGACCGGCCAAGAUAGUGAACUUUGGUCGUCCAAGAAAUUCAAGCACGCUCCUCAACGAAUGGUCUCAAAAUGUUGAUCAACUGCUGGAGCAAAUUGAAACCAUCGGCCAUCUAAUCACUAAGGAGGAGAUCUUACAUGGCUUGAAAACUAAAUAG